UAAUUUCGAUUUCUAGUGGCCUGUCACUGUGUGAUAGCAAUAAUAGUAUACACACCGACGUAUACCAACCGAUACAGGAAAUCCAAUAAUCGUACGUGGUUCACUCUCGAGUUGUCUUCGAUUGUUUCCGUUGUUUUUCGUACACAAACGCGAACAAUAUGGCUCCGAACACAGACGCAGCCGCUAACAGCCCGAAGUUCUACCAGGACGAUGAUAUCGUGAUUUCGGGUAUUUCCGGUCGCUUCCCGAACUGCGACACGUUCGAAGAGUUCAAACAAAAACUGUUCGACGGCACUGACAUACUUGAAAAAGAACAGACCAGAUGGCCGGAAGGUAUUUGCGGUGCUGUGACUAAGAUUGGAGUCUUGAAUAAUUUGACGAAAUUCGAUUCGACAUUUUUCAAUGUACAUCCAAAAUUGGCCGAAAGGCUGGACCCACAGAUUCGUACCAUGUUGGAGAGUACAUACGAAGCAUUUGUCGAUGCCGGUGUGAACCCGACAUCUUUGAGGGGAUCGAACACCGCAGUGGUCGUGGCUACGACGAACAACGAUUACGCUGAUUGGUGGUCUGCCGAUCCUACUAGAGUAAACGGUUACGAGUUUUUGGGUUGUACAAGAACCAUGUUCCCAAAUCGUAUUUCAUACUCGUUCGAUCUGAAAGGGCCCAGUUAUGCCGUUGAUUCCGGAUCUUCGGGUAGUUUGGUUGCUUUCGAACAUGCGUAUAGAAUGCUUAAGACCGGAGUGGUAGACGGUGUUGUAGUCGCUGGAUGUUCGUUGCUGCUCAAUCCCGUGUUGUCCGUCAUGUUGCAGAAGAUGGACGGCGUGUCACCAGACGGCAAGAGCAGACCAUUUGACGCCGCGGGCCAAGGGACCGCUCGCUCUGACGCCGUUGUCAUCGCAUACUUGCAGCACGCCAAAAAUGCCAAACGCGUGUACGCAACCGCCGUUAACGCGCGCACCAACAACGAGGGUUUCCGUUUAGAAGGAGCCAUUUAUCCAACCAACACACAGCAGAUCGAGCUGUUCCGCGAAGUCUUGGACAUGGCCAAAGUCAGUCCCGCCGAUGUCGACUACAUCGAGAGCAGUGCUUGCGGCGACCAGUUGGGCGAUGCUCAGGAACUCAACGCUGUCACUGAAGUGUACUGCAAAGACCGCACCAAACCACUGUUGAUCGGAUCCGUGAAAUCGAACAUGGGCGACGGUGAGCCGGCUUCCGGGCUCUGCGGUAUCGUCAAAACCGUGUUGGCCAUGGAACGUCAGGAACUCCCACCGACGCUCCACUACAGCGCCCCGAACCCCCGUGUCCCGGCCCUGAAAGACGGUCGGUUACUUGUCGUCAACGAAUCGCUGCCGUGGAAAGGACAGUACGCAGCCGUGAACGCAGUGGGUAUCGGUGGACAUAAUGCACACGCUCUGCUCAAGGCCAACGAGAAGCAAAAGCAACCGCUAUCCCAGGAAUCCACUCCCCGCCUGGUGAUCGGAUCUGCUAGAACCGAAAGCGCGAUCAACUACCUGCUGGACACUGUCGAAAGCCUGCCCAGAGAUCCCGAGUUUUACGGUCUAUUGUACGGAGUUCAUAGCCAAAACAUUCCCGGCCACAUUUACAGGGGAUAUAGCGUUCUCGACGAGAAGGACGCUCGCGAAGCAGUAACAAUUGGAGUGGGCAAACGCCAAGUAUGGUACAUUUUCUCCGGCAUGGGAAGUCAGUGGACCGGCAUGGGCCGCGACCUGUUGGCUCUGGCGCCGUUCCGCGAGUCGAUCGAAAAGACCGCCAAUACAUUGAAAAAUCUCGGAUUAGACAUCUACGCUAUUUUAAACUCAAACGACAAGACGGUCUUCGACAACGUAUUGAACUCGUUCGUCGGAAUCGCUGCCAUACAGAUCGCUUUGGUCGAUGUGCUCACCGCUGUCGGUAUCACACCCGACGGAAUCAUAGGACACUCGGUUGGAGAACUUGCUUGCGCAUAUGCUGACGGAACUUUGACGGCUGAACAAACUAUUAUCGUCGCCUACUGGAGAGGUCGCAGUCUUUUAGAUCUGAACUUGGCCCCCGGUGCUAUGGCCGCUGUCGGUUUAUCUUGGGAGGAGGCCAAUGCUCGAGUUCCAUCUGACAUCGCUGUGGCUUGCCACAACAGCGAAGAUGGUGUCACAAUUUCUGGACCACCAGAUUCAAUCGCAAAAUUCGUGAACCAAUUGAAAUCUGAAGGUGUGUUUGCAAGGGAAGUCAACAGUUCUGGAAUCGCAUUCCACUCGUGGUACAUUGCUGCCGCAGGACCAUUAUUUAAAGAAAAAGUUGCAGGCAUCAUUUCAAAACCGAAAAUGAGGUCAGUUAAGUGGAUCAGUACUUCUAUCCCAGAAUCCAGAUGGCACGAACCGUUGGCGCAAUAUUCAUCCGUGGCAUACCACGUAAACAAUUUGGUGUCUCCAGUUUUGUUCAACAGUGCAUUGAAACACAUACCCGACAACUCUGUGGUCAUUGAAAUCGCUCCACACGCGCUCCUCCAAGCCAUACUGAAACCGAGCGUUGGCUCCAAAUGUACGCACGUAGGUCUGGUGCGAAGAAAUAAUUCGACGGUAGUGAAUUUGUUGUCCAGUAUUGGUAAUCUGUACAACGCCGGACUUCACCCGAAAGUAGAAAAUCUGUACCCACCAAUCAACUAUCCCGUUUCCAAGGGCACACCAUCACUGCAACAGUUGGUCGAAUGGGAUCAUUCCGACGACUGGGAAGUGAUCACUUUUAUUGACAGCGAAGUAAAAUCGUCCGGUGAUGUCAAAGUAGAUGUGGACACCGAAAGCGAAAGGUACAACCACCUUAGGGGCACAUACAUAGAUGGUGUCGAAGUCCUUCCGUACGCGUCAUACCUCACAUUCGUGUGGAAUACUUUAGCUAAAUUGCAACAGUCAUCUGUUGACAAAGUCCCUGUAGUAUUCGACAAUGUUCAAUUCUUUAAAACAUUACCUAUUCCGGAAAACGGAAAAUUCAGUUUUUACAUUAACAUUUUGGAAGGAAGUGGAGAAUUUGAAGUUAGAGAGAGCGAUGUCGUUGUAGCGUCAGGUUUCAUUCAUAUUCAAACAUCUGACGAACAAAUGCAAUUACCAGAGAUUAAAUCAUACGAAGUCGACCAGUUAUCGACCUCUGAUGUUUAUCAAGAACUUGCGUGCAAAGGUUAUAAGUACAGCAAAAACUUCCAAGGCAUCAACAUAGCCAGUAACAACGGUAAUUGUGGACGUAUCGAUUUUGAUGGAAAAUGGGCACCAUUCAUCGAAUCACUGUUGCAAUUGCACCUGUUGAAACUCGAAACGAGAGAUCACUACGCUAUUAAAUACUUAUUCAAAUUGAGCGUUUGCCCGAAAAAACAAUAUGAACUUGUGUCUUCUAAUAGCGCGUCAUUCAGUGUUUACGAAAAUAUCGGCGUAAUUAAAUCCGCCGGAGUUGAGAUCAGAGACAUCAGAUCUACAUUGGUCCCCGUCCGAAAAGAAUUACAACAAGAUUUCGAUUUGGAGUCUUACGUAUUUGUACCAUUUGUGUUGGACGAGGCAAUUGAUGAGCCACUCAAGAAUAUCGUACAAAUCGUAUUGGAAAACGCUUAUGAACCUUUUGACGUGUCAGAAGUAGUAACAUCAUCACAACAAGAACUUUUAGUUCCGAAGAUCUUAAGUCUUAUUAACGCAAAAUCUCCAUUCCACAUCAACGCUCAAGUGUAUGCUAAAGACGUAAGCCAAUACCAAUCCGAGAAAUUCACAACUUAUUAUGAACAAGACUUGACAACUAGUACUUUGGAAAAUCCAUCGUUCUUCGUCUUAGCAAACGGUGCAAUUGAUAACAAACAACUACUGAACAACAUAUUGUCGGGUGUUCAAAAUGGAGGUUUCUUGCUAACCGUAGAAAAUCAAUUUGAUUCAAAUUUCAGACAAGUUGGAGUAGAAGUGAUCGCAAAGUAUACUGACGGAAAAAAUUUAUAUAUUUUGUUAAAAAAAAACACCGACGCACCCACUCCAGUUGUACUGUCCGUUGGAAAUUCAUUCUCCUGGGUCGAGUUGUUGAAACAGAACAUUUUAAACGCUAACAAUGAAAAUCGAGAUGUUUUUUUGAUCAGUCAAAAUUUGGAAAACACCGGAGUUAUAGGAUUGACGAAGGGCUUAAGACAAGAGCCAAAUGGCAAAUUUGUCAAAUGUGUGUCGAUUAAAGACAACAAGGCGCCAUUGUUUUCCGUGUCUACUCCGUUAUAUCAAGAACAACUUAAGAAAGGAUUGGCCGUCAAUAUGUUCUUGGGCGGUGUUUGGGGCACAUGCGUGUUCGCUCCAUACAAACAAGCCAAAGUCCAGGUAGAACAUGCUUACAUAAACACUACAACAGCUGGCGAUAUCAAUACCUUACAAUAUAUAGAAGGAAAACUAUCAACUUUCAACCCUAAAGAAUACCCGGAUUAUGAUCUAUACUACCCGUACUACGUUCCUCUUAAUGGUUUGGACAUCAAGAUGGCAAAGGGCGCUAUCCAAAGUAACGGAAUUUCCGAAGAUAUAGCACAACAAGGUAGCUACCUCGGUAUGGAGUUCGCAGGACGCAGAGCCAACGGUAAGAGAGUAUUUGGUUUGGUGUCCGGUGGGGCUUUGGCCACUUCAGUUUUAGCACAUAAAGAUCUCGUCUGGGAUGUGCCUGAUGCAUGGUCUAUGGAAGAAGCUUGUACCGUUCCGAGAACCUACAGCUUGGCCUACUACGCGCUAGUCGUUCGGGGAAACGUCCAACCGGGUGAAUCAGUAUAUGUGCACGCCGGAGCUAGUGGCAUAAGCACAGCCGCCAUCGCUGUGGCUCUCGAACUUGGAGCUAUCCCGUACGUAGGAGUAUUCAACAAGGAUCAAAUGGCGUUCUUGAAAACACGUUUCCCACAACUAAACGAUGACAGUUUUGCCGAUCUGACCGAUGGUAGUUUCGAGCAACACCUACUAGAGCAGACCCAAGGCCAGGGAGUCGAUCUGAUAUUCGAUACUUAUUCUGCGAUCGACAAACGCCAAGACUUUGUCAACUCGUUGUCUGAGUACGGCCGCUUGGUUGAUUUCGAAGUCUUCGCACCAGUAUCCGAUUCAUUAGGAGUGUCUGGAAAUCUGAAGAGCAUAACAUAUAGCAAGAUUUCGUUUAGCACCAUUCACUUCUCACCAUCCGAAAUCAAAUACAUCCAAAGGCUGGUAGAUCAAGGUGUCCGUAACAAAAAAGUACAACCACUUGGAACCACCGUAUUCCCCGCAAGUCAGGUGGUCGAUGCGUUCAAGUUCAAUGGAAAUUGCGCCAAUAACAUGGGAAGAACUGUAAUUGAAAUCCGCGAAGAAGAAGAUAAGGUGAACGUAGUUCCAGCCAAGAUAACCGUGGCUGCGUGCCCCAAAUUGUUCUACACAUCCGAAAAAGUUUUUGUCGUUAGCGGAGACGAAGAUAGCUUGAGCUUGGAAUUGAUUCAACAUCUAGCAUACAGAGGAGCCCGUAAAUUUGUUUUAGUUUCGAAAAUGAACAACAAACCUCAGUCCGGCUACAAGACGUUGACCUUGAGACGGUUGAAGAACAAAAACGUUACCGUAGUCCUGUCGUUUGCCGACCCGUCAACAGUGAGAGGCGCUGAAGACGUACUGAGAGAAGCUGUAGCCCUCGGCACAGUCUGUGGUAUUUACUACAUAACCACCGCCCCGGAGACCAAAAACUUGCAAUCAUUGAGCGAAAAAGAUUUCGUCGAGACGAAAAAAUCCGUGUCCGAAGCGGUUGCCAAUUUGGACACACUUAGUAGAAGAUUGAUUCCUCAACUUGAAUCAUUUGUUGUACUUGCCCCGGCCGUCGCAUCGAGAGGAGCUAAAGCCAAGUCCAACUACGUUUUUGCGAACGCAGACGUAUUCAGGGUCGCUGAAGUCCGCAAAGUUUCGGGCUACCCGACAGUGGUCCUAGAAUACGGUGCGAUCGACGGCAGUUCAGACGUGUUCAACAGUCCAAACUUCAAACCAGCGUCGAUCGUUUCAGCACUGAAUGUUCUGGAUGUAAUCACCAAACAGCCACAAAACCCAACGGUUGUGUCGUAUUCGAAAUUCAACGGCCCGAGCUACGACGAUUCGGAUGCCGCGACUCCACUGUUGUUGACAAUUGCUAAGAUUUUCGGUUACAAGAAACUGUCUGAAGUUGAACAGACCUUUAAUCUCGCUCAACUCGGUCUGGACACGUUCCUCGCACCACGAAUCCAAGAAGCCAUCAGACAACAACUCGACGUAGUCGUCGAUAUUGAAGAACUGAGAACAUUGACGUUCCCGGCUCUUCGGUCCAAGAUCAUCGAAUUACUCGCCUGAAAUACCGUGCAUAUAAUAUUAUUAUAGUGUUGUUAGAAUUGAAUUUUAUUAAUUGUAUUUUAUUUCAUUUCUCCGGCACGUGUAACGCUGUAAACUUUUAAAUAAACCAAAUGCAAAUUAGUAAUAGAAA